GAAAUCAGACAAGACAAGAGACCAACGGAACUUUCAUUUUAGUUUCAUUCAGACUUAAAGGCGGACAUGUGGAACAUGUUCGCUGGCUGGGAUUCCCCAACAUUAACACGACACGGAGCAGAUUAAAAUAACUAGAAAUUGUUAUAGGCUACCAAUUUAACAGCGUAUUCCUGGAGGGACAGGAUCCAUAUUCUUUUUCACCCAGUACAAAAUGAGGACCUUCCUGGGAGCGUUAUUAGUGGUAACGUUAAUUGUCUCAGGUGAUGGAGAGACUAUGCUAGAAGACAGUGUCCUUCUACCAUGCGCCUGCUCAGAGAGAAAUUUGCACGAGGAGUUUAGGUGGCAGAAGGAAGAACCAAACGGGUCACUGGUCUUCAAAACCAACCCCGCCAUUUCAAACUUCGACUCCAAAUACACGGGCAGGGCCAAGAUAUUUCUGUCUGAAAACCGCGAUAACUGCUCUGUUCUCCUCACCAACGUCACAGUGGAUGACCAGGGGAAAUACAGAUGCAGUUUUCGCAAGCAAGAGGAAUACCAGUAUUUUUUUGUAGAUCUAAACGUUUCUGCGUGCUACACUGUCUGCCAGACACCUCAGAGUGGAAGUGGAAAUGAUCGCCAGUGUUAUGUAAAAAAACGCUACAGAGAGACUGAGAUUCAGUGGAUUGUGGGUGGACAGCUUCUUACAGAAUCAAACACAACUAAGAUAAACAAAAUCUACACCAUGGAUUCUUCUACUGGCCUCUACCAUUUCAACAUCACACGCAUGAGGACUGUAGAACCUACAUGUCAUACCAACAGCAUACCAACAAACAUACCUGGAGAUCAAGGUAUGACUGAACGUAAUAAGAGAGAUCCAGACAGCGCCCGAUACCGUUACUUAACAACCAUUCCCAUUUUGUUGGUGCUUGGACUUUCCCUGCUCUUGUGGCGCCGUUGGGACUCACAGAGUUCACAAAGGAUAUGAGAAGUGGGGACUGACAACUUCUACUGCUAAACACACAGUGAACUCUAAUGUGAGGCAAUUUCCAGCAAACUGAUUAGUCAUGGAUAUGGCAUCAUGCCCACGCAGGUUACAUCCUGUUUUCAUGCCGCUCAAGGAAUGGGGUGUUUCGGAAAAGGAUGUCCAUCUUGUGAGCUUUUAUGGAUGUUUGCAGGCAGGGGUUUAUAUUCUUUCCUUCAAAUUCAAGGAUUGUAAAAAGAAAUUUUCCCUUUACGAUAUGAAGAUGAAGUGAUAUGUUUCAAUUAGGAUGGAAUGGUUCAAGUAAAUAACAUUAUGCCAGUGUGUCCGUUGACAGUGCAAGUAGGAGAGAGUUAGACGGGACAAUCCAAUCUGCAACUAAAGCAUUACAUAUUAUAGAGAAAGAUGGAUGCAGGUUUUCAGCAUAUGAUUGAAGUCACAUUACUUUAGCCGCUGUAUUCGCAAACAUUUCAGUAGCGUCCAAACUUGCAAGGAAAAUAAAAAUAGAGUGAACAGAGCUAUUUUGAAAACAGUGUACGGUGUGUGUUUGGGUUAUGCUGCACUUAGUCAAUGUCCUUGACGUUCCACAUCCGGGUUUGCUCCGUUGUUGCUGGAAAAUCCAUCGGAUUCCACUCAUUUAGGCCGGAUAUCCGUUGCCUUGGGCUUUUGUGUUGUAUACAUACAUUCCCUAAUUUACCGACGUGCG